AUGGACUAUUCAUACUUUGCUCAACCGGCCCAACCUUACCAGUUCUUCGGCAUUGCACCUGCAAAGCCAGAGCUCUCAUAUACCCCGCAGGAAGAGCCACACAACGACCCUCUAGAUAUCUAUGAUCCCAACACUUUCCAGUUCUUCGACCAAAAUGCCCACUUCAACCCUCCAGCCAUCAUUCCCUCAACGCAGUCACCCCCUCUCUCAAUUCCCCAAUCGGAUUCGCUCCCAAACCCUCUGCCACUGCCUUAUGACCGCUCGUUAUCGCAGGACUUGACUGGGGAUGUAGACCUGGAUCAGGCCCCCGGAAGGGGGAGUAGUGACGACGACAAGGACAAUCUCACACCUGCACAGAGUCGGCGAAAGGCGCAGAAUAGAGCAGCACAGCGAGCUUUUCGCGAACGAAAAGAGCGGCACGUCAAAGACCUUGAAAUCAAGCUCAAGUCCAUGGACGCACACUCUACAGAUCUCAUGACGGAAAAUGAGCGUCUGAAGCGAGAACUGGAUCGGAUAGCCACCCAAAACGAGAUAUUACGCGCGACCACGACUCCGAGGAGAGCACCACAACAUGAACACUCUCAUAACGCACAUCAUGAAGGACCAUCCAGUCCAGAAGGUCUCACCUCGGGACCAAUGAUAUACUCUCCCUCCACCUUCAACGCUGCUUUUGCGGAACACCAUACUUCCGAUUCUGAAGAGCCUAUUUCACACCGCAUUGAGAUCUCCGAGACGACCGGCGAACGUUUGCUUGCAACGGGUGCGGCGUGGGACUUCAUACAACAUCAUGAGCUAUAUAGGAGGGGCUUGGUGGAUAUAGCGGACGUAUCCGAGAAGUUGAAGGAGAAGGUGGUAUGUAAUGGCGCUGGACCUACCUUUUCGGAGCGAGAUGUCAUACAGGCGGUUGAGGAUAGUGUGGGAGCGGCGGGAGACGAGUUGAUUUGA